AUGAGAAUCUGGGCUCUAAUCACCCUUUCCCUUGCGGCGUCCACCUAUGGUUACCCGUCGGAGCAGCUGUUCUCCGAGUUCAAAAUUAAUUCUCAAGAGGAUGCACUAAACCAAACUCGCUGCGCUGAUAUUACAGUCGUAUUCGCCAAGGGAACUAAUGAAGGCGGCAAUGUUGGCGCCGUCGUUGGCCCACCUUUUCUUGAAGCACUCCGUGAAAAGGCAGGCUCAUGGAGUGUUGCUAUGCAGGGGGUUGACUACGCUGCAAAUGUGACAGGCUUCGCGCUUGGAGGUGACCCCGAUGGUAGCUUACAAAUGUACGUUGAUUCCACAUCGUUAGCUGUUAAGUGUCCACAGACUAAGAUCACAAUCUCGGGGUACUCACAAGGAGCACAAUUGGCGCAUAAUGCUGCCAAGUACCUACCCUCAGUCGUACUAAAGAGGGUGAGCUCAGCUGUCACCUUUGGCGAUCCGUUCCAUCCAUCACCACUGAAAGGGCUGGAGGAUAGAUCUUUGGUCAUCUGCAAUUCUGGGGAUAACAUCUGCGCCAGGGGUAGUGAAGUGACCCUGCCUCAUUUUGCUUACCCCGGGAGAGUUUAUCAGGCGGCGGAUUAUGUUUUGAAGAAAGCUAAAAUUCACUAA